CAGCUCCUAAUCUGAUUGGACAGUGAGGUCGGCAGACUCGCGCCAGUUUUACGCCGUUUUCAGAGCACUUUGUGAAGAAUCGUCUCCGGUGGCUGUGCGAAACAAAUAAUAACACACUUUCUGAUUGCACAUUUCUUUAUAGUCAAUAUCUUUAAAAAUUGGCAUUAGCAAUAAUGGCCCCCAAGGAUUAUUUGGCUGAGAAAGAGAAAUGCAAGCGUUUCCUGCAGGAGUUUUACAGUGAAGACGAUUCUGGGAAGAAAGUGUUCAAAUAUGGAGCUCAGCUUGUGUCCCUGGCCCACAGGGAGCAGGUGGCCCUCCAGGUGGACCUGGACGACCUGGCGGAGGAGGACCCAGAGCUGGUGGAGAGCGUCUGUGAAAACGCCAGGCGCUACACGGCCCUGUUCUCAGACGCCAUCCAGGAGCUGCUGCCAGAGUACCGUGAGAGAGAGGUGGUGGCCAAAGACUCCCUGGAUGUCUACAUCGAGCACAGGCUGAUGAUCGAGCAAAGGGGUCACGACCCCGCAGACAACAGGGACGCCCGCAACCAGUACCCAGCAGAGCUCAUGAGGAGAUUUGAGCUGUACUUCAAACCUCCCACCACCAACAAACCCAAGGUGGUCCGUGAUGUGCGGGCAGACAGCAUCGGUCACCUGGUGACGGUGAGGGGCAUUGUUACGCGUGCCACUGAGGUCAAACCUAUGAUGGCGGUGGCUACUUACACGUGUGACCAGUGCGGUGCUGAAACCUAUCAGCCGAUCCAGUCCCCCACCUUCAUGCCCCUCAUCAUGUGUCCCAGCCAAGAGUGUGUCACCAACAAGUCUGGAGGGAGGCUGUACCUGCAGACCAGAGGGUCAAAGUUCGUCAAGUUCCAGGAACUGCGCAUUCAGGAACACAGCGACCAGGUGCCGGUGGGGAACAUCCCCCGGAGCAUGAGCAUCUACGCUCGCGGUGAGAACACGCGUGUGGCCCAGCCCGGGGACCACGUGGCCGUGGCCGGAGUCUUCCUCCCUCUGCUCCGCACCGGCUUCAGGCAGGCUGUGCAGGGACUCCUGUCAGAGACGUACCUGGAGGCUCACAGCGUCACGUUGAUGAAUAAGACCGAGGACGACGAGUUGGGGAGCGGGGAGCUCAGCGAGGACGAGCUCCAGCUGAUCACAGAGGAGGACUUUUACGAGAAGCUGGCAGGCUCCAUCGCCCCGGAGAUAUACGGCCACGAGGACGUGAAGAAGGCUCUCCUGCUGCUGCUGGUGGGGGGCGUCCAGCAGGCCCCUAAAGGGAUGAAGAUCAGAGGCACCAUCAACAUCUGCCUGAUGGGAGACCCAGGAGUUGCCAAGUCUCAGCUGCUGUCCUACAUCGACCGCCUGGCCCCUCGCAGCCAGUACACGACAGGACGGGGGUCCUCUGGCGUGGGUCUGACGGCGGCCGUGAUGCGAGACCACCUGACCGGGGAGAUGACCCUGGAGGGCGGGGCCCUGGUGCUGGCCGACCAGGGGGUUUGCUGCAUCGACGAGUUUGACAAGAUGGCCGACGCCGACCGCACGGCUAUCCACGAGGUGAUGGAGCAGCAGACCAUCUCCAUCGCCAAGGCGGGCAUCAUGACCUCCCUCAACGCCCGCUGUUCCAUCCUGGCGGCCGCCAACCCGGCCUACGGCCGCUACAACGCCCGCAAGACCAUCGAGCAGAACAUCCAGCUGCCCGCCGCGCUGCUCUCCCGCUUCGACCUGCUGUGGCUGAUCCAGGACAAGCCGGAUGCAGACUCCGACCUGCGACUCGCCCAGCACAUCACCUACGUCCACCAGCACUCCCGCCAGCCGCCCACCCACUUCACCCCCAUCGACAUGAAGCUCAUGAGGCGCUACAUCUCUCAGUGUAAGAAGCGUCAGCCGGUGGUGCCCGAGGCUCUGGCUGACUACAUCACAGCCGCCUACGUGGAGAUGAGGAAGGAGGCGCGCGUCAGCAAGGACACCACCUUCACCUCCGCCCGAACCCUGCUCUCCAUCCUGCGCCUCUCCACCGCCCUGGCCCGUCUGCGUCUGGUGGACCAGGUAGAGAAGGAGGACGUGAACGAGGCCAUGAGACUCAUGGAGAUGUCUAAGGACUCUCUGCAGGCCGACAAGUCCAGCACCACCAGAGCCCAGCGGCCGGCCGACGUGAUCUUCUCCCUGCUGCGUGAGCUGGCCACGGAGGGCGUGGCGGGGCGCGGCGGCGCCGGAGGCGUGGUCCGCAUGGCGGAGGCGGAGCAGCGCUGUGUGUCGCGGGGCUUCACCCCCGCCCAGUUCCAGGAGGCGCUGGAGGAGUACGAGGAGCUGAACGUGUGGCAGGUGAACCAGGGCCGCACACGAGUCACCUUCGUCUGAACACACCAGGCGUAAUCCCGCGAGACUUCGAACAACUCUUCUUGAUUAUGCGGUCUCCAGCUUAAACCCGCGAGAGUUCAAGCUGCCCUUCUGAUGAGCUGCUUAUGUAGACUUGUAAUGGACUGUCUAUUUGAAUCUGCCUUCACGCCCAUCAUGGUUUUUACUGCUAGCUGUUGUGGCGGCUCUGCAGUCAUUUAGCUCAUGGGAUUACAGAAGGGUUUGUUUCUUGACUUUAUUGUGUUUUUUUUUAUGUUGUGUGUUCCCAAAUAAAGAAUAUUGUAAAUAUAUUUCUUUCGAUUUUAGAUGAAGUAUACUCCUUUAUCAUUUUUUUAUGCAAAUAUGUAGUGGCUGUUUGCAUCUGUCAAAGAUGCAAAUUUAUAUCUUCAGUUAAACCCACUUGGCAUUUUACACGGACGUAAAUGUUAUCAUUUGUGUAAAAAGAAACAAACUAUGGCAAUGGAAAUGUAUACUUCUCUUACGCCAAAUGAACACAUUUGUUUGAUAGAUUUUAGAUGGAGCAAGUGAUUUCAAUAGCGCCAUAAGAUGUCCGUACAUGUUGGAAAACCUCAAUCUUUCUCAAACACCUGGUUUGUUAUCAGAGCAGCUUUGCAGUGGAGACAGUAAUUGCUGCUUUUAGUAGCACCUGUAGACGUGUUUUAACUAUAAACUCUUAAAGGGAAUGACUGUAUUUACAGAUCUAUGGAAAAUGUCUCAAUGUAAGAAAAUAAAUUCCUGGGGGAUUGUGCUCUGUUACAAUGAGUGCGGACAAUGUUUAAAACACGCUAUUAUAGAUUGAGACAGAUGUUUUCUGUAGCCUAAUUCGCCGUUCAGGGUGACGUUGUGAUACUUAUUUUUUUUUACUUCUGUACAUGGGUAAUACCAUAUUAUUUGAGUAAAAAAAAAUGUAUUUAAAAAAGCCUACAUAUUGUCAAACUGGAUGAUCUCCCCACUAGACUGCAUCUCUUCAAAAUUAAAAAGUUGGCCUAUG